ACACUUGUGCUUGGAGUCGUCGCACUGUAAGCUACGAACAAGGAUCUGUUAUAAUCUCCUUCCAGCGACGCGUUUGCGAAAGACAGCCGAUGUAACAUCGAGCGCGAGAAAACUACCUUGGCUUAUUACACGAUUGUUCACUUCAAAGUCACAACGGUCGCUUUGUAGUCGAUGCAGAGACUGAGAGAGCUCAAACAACACAUCGCAUAGCCUGAUGUCUUUCGCCUUUAUUCCGCGAAAAGUUGGCAAGAAGGCGCCGGCCACUGCUGCUCCACUUGCUUCCACGGUACCUGCGCCGCGUGCGGACGAAGAGCUGGCAGAAGAAUUUGCGAUCUUGGUGGUGCUUUCUUUGACAGAGUAUGCACUAUGGGCCAACGCAGACUUACGAAGACGGAUGGAACAGACCCUAGAAGAUGAACAUGGAUGUAUGGAUUACUCUUGGAAAUUUCUUUCAACGCUUUUGCAAGAGCCACAACAUUACUCCCAGCACAUCGAGUCAAAACUGCCAUCCGAAAGUGCGAUAGUGAAAGCCAUCCGGAAGCAUGCCGAGGACAACAUCGAAGUCAGGAUGGUACUUUCAGGACCGACAUGGUCCAACUGGGGCUUAUCGUCUGCAGGAACGGAUGAAGGCAUGUAUGAGAUUCGGCCCAAGGCAAAGGUCAGUCAAGGAUUAGAAGGCGCAGAAGGAUAUAUGAGAGAUUACUGGGCAAACCGAACUAUCUAUAUCGAGAAUAUUCCUCCAGCUCAUCGAACCAUUCAUGGCAUUUUCCAGUUCGUCCGGGAUACCUACCCUUCUACAAAUUAUCCCAGCAUUCAGAGAAUCUCCUUCCCGCCACACUAUCUCGAUGCCGAUGCCGAUACCUCAUCCUUUCAUCACAUCCCAAAGUCGAGAACCAAAUGCAAGGGUUUCGCAUUUGUCCUGUUUUCAUCUGUCGAUGAGGUCGAUCAGUUUAGUGCAACGUGGAAAUGGGAACGUGCUCGGUCAGGACCAGUCCCAGUCCCCAUCAAAGCGGACACUUCACCUUCCCUACUUUCCCGUGCAUCCAGUGCGUCGUCACAUGUAGAGGCUCGAAAGCACGGUUUUCGUGCUCUUCCAAAGGCCCAAUGGGACGCGUUGAAGGACGAAUAUGUCGCUUGGAGACAAAAGCUGUUGGAGCAAGUUCUUGCGGAACAGGACGAUGAUGUAAAUGAAGAGAUGAAGUACAAAGUAGGGUCUCAAUGGGAGGAGGAAGAAAAGUAUAACGAAUUCGGGAAUGGCGAAAUUUCGCAUUCAAUACAAAGCAAUGGUCCCCAAACUUCUUUGUCCUCUUCCGCCGACCUCCCUUCAUACUUGACCUCAUCAUCCCCAUUCCCUCCAAAUUGUCUUGUCUUCAUCCGCAACAUCCACGCGGGCACUAAUAAAACCACCCUCCGUACACUUUUAAGUAAGGCUCUUAUAAACGGUGUUGAAAAAGGCAUUGAAAAUACCCAACCACAAGACAUAUCUCAGUCCAUUGACUACAUCGAUUACACGAAAGGGAUGGAUACAUGUUAUAUUCGUUUCUCUUCUCCCUCCCAGGCGAGCGCACUUCAAUCAUACUUGACCCGUCACUGUAUCGUGCAAAGUACAGCAUUGGAUGAUACUGGCAUCGAAGUGGGAAAAGCGCAAACAGAUAAACCUAAGUACAUGAAGGUUGAGGUCGUACAAGGGAAGAAGGAGGAAAUUUACUGGGAGAAGGUCCCAAUAAAGGUUAGGCAAGAAGCAGUGCGGAAGGCGAUAAGUAAUGCAAAUGCUACUUCGUCAUCUGCCGUUGUUUUCUUUAAUUCCACUCUGCAAACACCGAAGACAACAUUACCGACUGAACGUCCUACUUCCGUCUCCUCAGUAUCUCUAUUGGCACCCCCGCCUACUCCACACCCACACUCACCUUCAUACCCUCGUAACUGUCUAGUCUUCGUGCGAAACGUCCAUCCCGGGACAAAUAAAACCACCAUUCGUGCUCUUUUCGUGAAUGCCCUAUCAAAGAAGGUGGGAAGUAGUAUCUCGGCAGGUGGUGAAGACAGGGAUAGUAAAAAUGCCAUUGACUACGUCGAUUACACGAAAGGAACAGACUCUUGCCAUCUUCGCCUCCGUUCACCUUCGGAUGCGCAUUUUCUUGUGGAAAAUUUCAAAAAACAGUUUAUAGUUCAGAGCGCGCCGUUGGAUGAUGGUGGUGUCAAAAUUGGGGGUGACGGGGCCAAUGAAGGCGACCUCAUCUCCUCAUCCCAACGGUGCAUAGUUGUCGAACUCGUUCAAGGGACUCGGGAGAAGAUAUAUUGGGAGAAAGUUCCAUUGAAACUUCGACAGGAUGCCGUUCGGAGGGCUAACACCAGUACUUGCGAUUUGCCUGAGCCUUUUACGGUCCCUCAUAUCGCCUCUUCCACAGCGGCCCAUCCUGCGACGCUGGAGCUUGAAACCAAACCCGACUCAAAAUCAUCGAAGAAAAGGAAUCUCGCCUGCGCUGACGUUAGUGUUGAAGAGACGGGGGCGGGCAAGAGAGAUGGUAAUAGCGAUGAUGGUGAAAGAGUGCUGCUUACAGAACAUACCAGUAGGAAGAAGAAGCGAAAGAAAAUCUAGAUGAAGAUUGUCCAAUUCUUGUCCGUCGUGGAAAAAGCAUACAAAUAAUUUGGAUGUAAUUUGCCCUUCCGUCUUGCCCAAGCUCUGAAUUAGUAUAUCAUCGUCACACUCGUAAAUACAUGUGCAGAAUGCACAAAAUCGAUGCGUCUCGGAUUAUCUGUGGUUGCCUCAAAUACGCCAGGGUAUAGUAGAUAAGUUUUUGGAAAGUCGAAACGCAUGAGAAAUCGACUGGUGUAGAAGUGGUCGGAUUACAGAUGAUGCGGCGGGAAGAUAAAUAUGCAAAGUAGACGGGUCGAUCGGGAUUCGGACCAUUAUAUCGUGACUAUCCCGGCUCAUUCUAAUAGUUGCAGUGACCAACGAUUUGAGUAAAUAUGCACAGUAAUAAUGUAGGAUGAU